AUGCUUAGCCGACGCGCAUUUUCCCGGGUAUUUCAGCAGCAUAAUGGGUUGUUCAAGAUUCAAGUGCGACGCCUAAGUCUUCUUGAGUACCAUUCGCACAAACUACUCAAAGAUUUCGACAUUCCGGUACCUCAGGGAUAUGUCGUCGGAAGUCCGGAGGAAGCUAGAGAAGUAGUCUCGAAGAUCAAUGCCCCAUCGGUUGUAAAGGCGCAGAUUCUUGCCGGUGGGCGGGGCAAAGGGAAGUACGAAAGUGAUGGCAAAGGAGGCGUUCGCAUUAUGAGUUCACCUAUCGAGGCGUUUGAAAAUGCCUCGAUGAUGAUCGGAUACUACCUCACAACAAAGCAAACCCCACCUGGCGGACUUCUCGUCAAAAAGUUAUACAUCUACAAAGCCGUGGAUGUUGCGCAAGAAUACUAUGUCGCACUUACAUUCGACCGCGACCGUGGCAUGCCUGUCCUUCUCAUCUCCAACGUUGGAGGAGUUGACAUUGAAUCUAAUGCAGAUAAACUAGAGCAUUACUGGUUUGAUAUGACGCACGGCAUCACAUCCGAGAUCACUGCAUAUGUUCAAGCGCAGCUCGGCUUUUCGGAUGCUGAAAUAGGUGUGAUAAGUCACAUCUUGCACCAAAUGGUCAAAUUAUUCAAAGAGAAGGAUGCCACACUCCUCGAGUUGAACCCAUUGGUCCGCACACCAGAGGGGCAUUUUGUUUGUCUGGAUGCGAAAUUCACGUUCGAUAAUUCGGCUCGAUUCCGACAACCGGAGAUCUUCAGCCUCGAGGAACGUUUGCCUGAUGAGGAAGAUGAGUACGAGGCAUCCCAGGCGGGCCUUUCCUAUGUCCGUCUGGAUGGUAACAUUGGAAACAUUGUGAAUGGAGCCGGCUUAGCAAUGGCAACAAAUGAUCUUGUCAGUUUGUUUGGUGGAAAAUGCGCGAAUUUCCUUGACGUCGGCGGAGGGGCGACCAAGGAGACUGUCUCAAAGGCGUUUGAGAUUUUGAACCGAGAUUCUCGAAUCAAGGGGAUUCUCGUAAACAUUUAUGGGGGGAUUGUUCGAUGCGAUAUGAUCGCCGAAUCUAUCAUCGCUGCUGCGACUGCAACCAAAGGAUUUAAAGUUCCUGUCGUGGUCCGCCUCCAGGGGACCAACUGCGACAAAGGUCUAGAUAUGAUUGAGAAAUCGGGGUUGAAGAAUCUGAUUGUGGAACCAGAUUUUGAGCUUGCAGCUGAAAAAAUUGUGACCGUGACUAGCAUGACGGUUUAG